AUGAAAGGAAAUCUCAGGAAUGAUGUACAUCCAUUACUGGGAGUAGCUUGCCUCAGGUCAAGGGUGCAAAGUUAAGAUUUGGCCACUAUAAAUUAUAAGGAAAAGGUUGCCAAGAUUCCGGUGCUGAAAGCCCAUUCACGACUACCCAUGGAUUCCUGCUUUGGAUAAUCUUAGGACUGCAGAGCUGAUGGAGCGUCGUAUCCAGAUCUGUCAAGGAGGGACAGUGGAGGAAUCGAACUCCCAACCUCUGGCUCCAGCUAUUCGUAUUUUUCACCAGAAUGACUUUCAGCUGAGAUGGAGUUGACCAACGGUACCACUGUUCAUGAAUUCAUUCUGCUGGGAUUUGGAGCUGAGCCACACAGACGAUUCUUGCUUCUCAUCUUUUUCACCACUCUUUAUGUGGUCACCUUGGCUGAGAACAUCACCAUCAUCACAUUGGUGUGCCUGGAUGCUCACUUGUCCCAGCUCCCCAUGUACAUCCUACUGAGCAACUUCUCCUGGCUGGAGGUGUGCUAUGUGACCACCACGAUGCCUCGGAUACUACUUGACCUAGUUUCUUCUCAUAGGACCAUCUCCUUCCACGCCUGCUUACUCCAGUUCUACAUCUUCUUUUCUCUUGGCACGACCGAAUUUUUCUUCCUUUCAGCGAUGGCAUUGGAUCGGUAUCUGGCUAUCUGCCACCCCCUGCGCUACCCACAACUCAUGUCCCCAAAUGCUUGCUAUUUCUUGGUGGCCAGCUGUUGGGGGCUUGGGUUCUCCGGAUACAUUCUUCCAGUGACUUUAUUCUCCAAGUUGUCUUUCUGUGGGUCUAAUGUGAUUGACCAUUUUGUGUGUGAUCUUGUAUCAAUUCUGAAUCUGGCUUGUCCUCCACUUGGGAAUGUUCCCCUUGUCUGCCAUGUUGUCGUGCACACUCUCUUUUUUGGCAAUGUCCUGGUUGUUAUCUUAUCGUACGGCAUUGUAAUUUUUACCCUAAUGAAAUCUAACACAGAAAGUCGUAAGAAGGCGUUCUCCACCAUAUCCAUGCACUUAAUGGUGGUGACCCUUUUCUGUGGCUCGGUGGGUGGGAUGUAUUUAAUCCCAGGUGGAGAUGAACACUCAGGACUCACCAAGGCACUAACAGUCUUCUAUGCUGCCAUCACACCCUUUGUCAACCCCCUGAUUUAUUGUCUGAGGAAUGAUCAAGUGAAAGAGGCAUGGUGA